UCCUGCCCGCGUCUCCUCUCUCCAGUCACUGCUUCAGUGAGUUGAUAAUGGCUUCCACUUCAGCUUAUCGUCAUUUACAGUUUGUUUUCUCUUCAAAUUCUGCUGCUCGCUAUCCUCCUUUUAUCACUCAAUCAAAAAACCUGAACCCUAGGCUCUCUUCAGGCGUUAAUUUCAUAAAUCGACCUCUAUGCUCUACGUCUGAUUCUAUGCCCGUACAAGCAGUAAUCGACAACCCCUCCGAUGUAACAGUCACCGAAGAGAGCGCUUUGACACUUCGAGAAAUCUGCCAUGGCCACGUCCCCGAGCAUGUGCUCCGGAGGAUAGAAGAGGUGGGAUUCAGAGUAGCUACAGAUGUGCAACAGCAAGGUCUGCCUCUCCUGUUUUCUGGACGCGAUUGCAUACUUCAUGCUCAGACAGGUUCUGGGAAGACACUGACAUACCUACUGCUGAUUCUCUCGCUUAUUAACCCACAGAGAUCUGCCGUGCAAGCACUAAUAGUGGUGCCCACCCGAGAACUGGGGAUGCAAGUAACAAAAGUUGCUCGGAUGCUGGCAGCUAGCCCGGUGGAUAACGAACUGGUGCAAAAGUCAUGUAGUGUCAUGGCUCUUCUUGAUGGAGGAAUGCUAAAAAGGCAUAAGACUUGGCUAAAGGCAGAGCCUCCUGUCAUAGUGGUAGCAACAAUAGCAAGUGUGUGUCAAAUGCUUGAGAAGCGGAUACUCAAGCUUGAAUCAAUGCAGGUGCUGGUUAUUGAUGAGGUUGAUUUUAUGUUCAAUGCCUCAAAGCAAGUCAGCUAUCUUCGGAAGCUAUUGACAACUUACUCCUCAUGCAGCAAUCGUCAGACUGUUUUCGCCAGUGCUUCCAUUCCCCAGCAUAGAAGAUUUUUGCAUGACUGCAUACAGCAAAAGUGGACCAAGAGUGAUGCAGUCCAUGUCCACGUCAAUUCAAUUGCACCCAUGCCAUCAUGCCUGCAACAUAGAUUUGUGAUAUGUAGUAAAAGCAGGAGGCAUCAAACACUGCUAUCUUUGAUACAGUCUGACACACCGGAGUCUGCCAUAAUAUUUGUUGGAGAACAGUCUGAAAAAUCAAAAAAGGCAGGCAAUGCUCCACCAACUACUCUUUUGAUUAAUUUCUUGGAAACGUCUUAUGAAGGUUGUUUAGACAUUGUUCUUCUAGAGGAAGACAUGAAUUUCAAUUCACGUGCAGCAUCUCUAUCAGAAGUGAGAAAAAGAGGGGGAUAUCUUCUCAUAGCGACAGAUAUAGCUGCCAGAGGAGUUGAUCUACCUGAAACAACUCAUAUAUACAAUUUUGAUUUGCCAAGAGCUGCAGUAGAUUACCUUCACCGAGCUGGAAGAACAGGAAGGAAGCCAUUUUCGGACAAAAAAUGUACUGUUACAACUAUUAUUUCAUCAGAGGAGCAGUUUGUUAUGGAAAGAUAUGAGAAUGAAUUGAUGUUCAAUUGUGAAAUGAUUACGGUGCAAGUCUGAUUUAUGCGAACAUGUUUGUUUCA